AUGAGUUUCUCCACGGCAACAACAGCGGAAGUCCAACCCGGAUACCGCCAACUUUUCACUGAGCUAGAGAACCGCUUCAAAACUACCAGUCUGGGCAGCGAUAAAUGGUACAUACUAGCCAUUACCACACUAGCCGCCGGCCCAGACCCAGAGCGAGCAGACCAGCUCUACCUCCACCUCACCCAGCAAGCAGAAUAUGCGACCUCAGCAGCCCGACAAGCCCUGAUCCGCCGACUGCGCGAGGCGCUUGUCAAAGCCGUGCCUAUUAUCGGAGUAUGCAAGCCCAUUGAGUCAAUCCUGGCCAUUACCGAGGUUGAGCGCGACGAGGACAAGGAUUUCACCUUCACUCGCGAGGGAUGGCAAUGCGACGAGGCCAACCACGAGCGCGGCACUGGGUGGCUCCAGAAACUGUAUGCGCGCAACACUACUGGCACGCUGGAUUUGUUCAGUGCGCAUAAGGACUUUUCUUGGCUGUCCAAGGAGAUUACUUACGGGCUGUUCUUGUCAGAUCGUCAGAUCUUGGAUGAUGUUGAUACUGAGCUUGUUGUGCUGCCUGGUAUCAUGAUUCAGAAUCUGCCCAAGGAGACUCAUUGGCACAUUCGUGGUACGAGGCGCCUUGGUGUCCCUAAGGAGGAGGUCCAGGUUAUUUGGGAUUGUGUGCAGCUUGUCGCUCAGUUCUUUGAUAUUAAGCUUCAUAAAGUGCCGACUGUCGAGGCGGUUGAGUAUGAUGUCUAG